AGCCCUUGUUUUUUGUUGUAUCCACUUAAAACAUUAACGUUACAUACUUUAUACGGUUUACAACGUACCACUCUUUCCUACUGAUGUAACCUUCCGCCACUACAACAAUCCUUUUCGCGGUCUGCUGUGGGGUCGAGGGUUGUGUUAUGAGGGUUGUAUUUACACAGUAAAAUGAUUUGGCGCUGCUUCAUCUGCUGCCUUUUUGUGGCAGUGACAUUAAGAGCAUUGCUGAACCACAUUAAUACCGUACACAGCCGUAGUCCGAAUUUCCGUGUCAUCUGUGGCAUUGACGGCUGCACUCAGGAAUACAGAGUGUACAACUCUUUUUACUACCACGUCAGACGGAGCCAUGCCUCGCAUCUUCUCAGCCGCAAAUGUAUGAGGCACAGUGGAGACCGAACGGCGGAUAAAGCCACGGAGGACAGUGCGGGGCCGUGUACAUCUAGAUAUGUUCCAAUGCAACCGAGGGAAAGAUGUUUCGAGAAUUUUGAUGUACCUAGCAUUCAGUCAGCACUUGAGGCACGCGAACCCACCACAGCAAGCAUACCUGGAUGUGUUGUUAGUGAUGCUGGCCGCUCGACCGCUGAACAUGGCCGAGGUCACGCCGCUCCAGCCCCGGAUGGCGCUCCGCCAGCUUCUACUGAAGACGCAACGCUUACAGUCCAGGAGGAACAGGACGAAGCAUUACCUGAAUCUUCACAACUAGGAGAAAGUGCUAUACAUGAAGAUACUAAUGUGGAUCUACUGAAGAAACAUGCCACUGCCUUUGUGCUUUCUGCAAGAGAGAAACACCAUCUAUCACAGAGUGCAGUCAAUGAUAUUGUAGCUGGAGUGCAGAACUACCAAGCUUCACUGCUGGACACUUUGAGGAAUCAGAUGACACGGGUAUUUCAGAGACAUCCAGAAGCUACAGAUCAGCUGCUUAGUGAGUCAUUGGACAUUUUUAAUAAUUUUGAAGACCCAUUUGCCAGAGUUUCAACUACAUAUAUGCAAGACUCAGCUGUCAAGGAGCUGUUUGGGGUAGUGGAAGCACAAGAAAUUGAGAUUGCCCAGUCUGCAUGCUAUAAAGGACAAGGACCCGCUCGUGCUCUUGCUGUUAGAUCUGAGUGCAUUUACUACAUACCUUUGAUCAAAAGUUUGGAACAGUUACUUUCACAUCCUGUUGUUCUAUCCAUGUUUGACAAAGGUGUAGAGACAUGCAGGGCUGGAUUUUUAAAGGACAUAAUUGAUGGUGAUAUUUUGAAAUCGCAUCCAUUGUUCUCUGUUAGACCCAAUGCCCUACAGCUGAUACUGUAUACUGACGAAAUAGAACUGUGUAAUCCUCUGGGGUCACAUGCCUCAAAAAACAAACUUCUAAUGGUGUAUUACACUUUAGGGAACAUACAUCCUAAAUAUAGGUCUAAGCUGGCUGCUAUCCGUUUACUUGCUAUUGCAAAAGCAACUGAUAUUGCUCAGUGUAGCAUUGAUGUGAUACUGAAUAGAAUACAAGAAGAUCUGAAUUUGCUGUACAAUGGUGUGAGGAUCAAAACAGUGGCGGGUGAGAGAGUUGUAUAUGGAGCAUUAGUCUCUUUUUGCGGUGACACCUUGGCUCAGCAUGAGGUUACAGGGUUUAAAGAGGGAGUUGGAUUUUCAUUCUGCAAAUGUAGACAUUGCGAGUGCAGUUUUGAAGACAUGCAGAUUUACUUUGAUGAGGACAGCUUUGUUCAACGGACAUUAGGUUGGCACAUCAGACAGUGUAAUGAAAUUGAGAGAGCCUCUACGGAUUUCCUAAGAAACAGUUUGAAAACCACAUACGGAAUUAACAGGAAAAGCAAAUUAGUAGACUUUCCAUCAUUUGAUCUAAUUAAGCAAACUCCGCAAGAUAUCAUGCAUGUAAUACUUGAAGGAGUAGCUCCACUAGAAAUAAAAAGUGUGUUGAAACAUCUGGUCCUGUCAGGACAGCUUGACCUAGACACAUUCAAUAGUGCUGUACUAGGAUAUCCGUACUCAGUUGAUGUCAGAGACAAGCCAUGUCCCAUAACUGUUACAACACUGUCAUCAAAUGACAACAAAUUGAAGCAAUCUUCUGGUCAAAUGCUUGUCCUCCUCAAGAUUUUACCAUUUGUAUUGGACAGUUGUGAAAGAAGUGAAUACACUGAAGCUCUUACUGAAUUAAUACAAAUAGUACAAAUGUUGUUUGCACCAGUAAUUUCUCUUGCAACCAUAUCAAACCUCAAAUCACUUAUCAAUCAGCACUUAGUUAACAUGAAGCAAUUGUUUCCUGAGAACAAAAUAACACCAAAGCAGCAUUAUCUGAUUCACAUUCCAGCACAGAUUAAAGCUUUAGGUCCAAUGGUGAGACAUAUGUGCAUGAGAUUUGAAUCCAAACACUGCUUUUUCAAACAGUGGUCAUCAAAAUUAAAUUUCAAGAAUGUAUGCAAGUCUCUAGUAAAGCACAACCAGAUGUAUGAAAGCUGUCAAAAUGUCAGCAGCAUGGACCACCCAAUUUUUUCAAAAGAGGUGGUAAUGGGACCAGUGUCUUGUGUGAGAGAUGCACAAUAUGUACAGGGUAAACUGAAGGAUUUUUUGGGUGUAGAAAAGGUGCACCAUAUUGUGUCUGUAAAAUGGCUCGAGCUGAAUGGCAAUAAGUUUGUCUGCCAGAAGUCAGUGAUUAUUAUUAAUGAAGUUGAAGGUUCCCCUGUAUUUGGACUUAUAAAAGACAUAUUCAUUGCAGAUUCUUCAUUGUAUUGCUUUGAAUGUCAAGUGUAUGACACUGUAGCUUACAAUCGUGGUUUUCUUUGCUAUGAAAUUGAAGUACCAAAUCUUGCUCAGGCUACUGAGUUUGUUGAUGCUGAUAAGAUUGUUGACUACACAUCUUAUUACACCAUUAGCUUUAAGAACCACACUUACGUUCCUCUGAAAUAUUAUCUCGGUGAUGUAAUUGGCUUACACAGAUGCACUACUGAAUAGUAUAGAAGCAAUUAAGUUAUGAGAAACAAAUUAAGGGAACAAUUGAGUUUUUGAAAUAGAGUAACUGUUCUGUCCUGUUGCAUUCUUUGAUUUAUGCUUUUGAUUUUUUAUUAUGUCAAGAAUGCCUGUAUGUGCUCAGGCAUAUGAAGUGGCUGGUCAAUGUUUGUAAUAAACAUAUACAUUUUAAAAUGUUCUGAAGAUAAGACAUGUGUUUAUAGAAUGUUUUUACCCUGUUGUACUAAUGUUAUUUGCUCUGUUUUUUUAUAGAAGCUAUGCACUCUGCCCCAAUUGCAAACAAAAUAAUAAAAUACUUUUCAGUCAAAUAUUGUCUUUAGUUUUUAUUGGAAAAUAUGUUAAAACUUAAGUCUUGUAUUUUUCGUCUCAUACACGUUUUAAGAACAUUGUAUUCUUAAAUUAAGUAAAGUUUUCUUGAAUUUCUUAUUUUAUAGCGGAGGGCCUCAGACACUUUCAGUAAUAACAGUAAAAUUUCUUAUUUCAUUUUAGGAAUUCCUUAUAAUUGGAAAAAAAAUCUUAAUAAGAUAAUC